CCGGCGGUGCGCUCUGACAGCCAAACCCAGCGACGCCGGUUUACAGCCCACAGACUACACUCACUCCUCACCUGGAUGGUUUACACUUUAGAAAUGAUGCAGUUUCAGAGGUUUCAAGAUGAGGGAUAUAAGAACUGGAUCAAAAGCACCAUGGGUCUGGUCUAUUUUAGAGACUAUCUGGAGAAAUUCCUGGAAGACGAAACCGAAACUUACCACCAGAAGCUUCGAGAUAAAGUCAACCUGCAGGAAGAGGAGUGCACCAAGAGCUGUAGUUUUAAUAACUGGGAUCCCAGGUCGAGCAAGAUCCCUCGUCUGGAUUGUGAGGUGUGUGAUCGCUGGAGAGAUGAGAUCUUGGCUAACCACACCAGUAAAGAUGGAAAGGUGUUGUGGCGUAAUUCUAAACCCCAUUUGUGGUCCACAAACAAAUGGGAGGUGGCCAAGGUGUACAUGCCAAAUGGCCAUGCGAAGCACAGCUCAGCCGGCGACUUUGACCUCCCUGCCUUCCUCUCGCUCAUGACUCAGUGUCGGCACUUCAGCAAGUACGUGCAGCAGAAACCUUGCACAGAGGUGAGCAACGUGAGGAACAAUGUGAUGCACUCUCCGAACCUGAAAGUGACGCAGGACGAUUUGCGGGAGUACCUGCGGCGAAUCAAAAGCCUGGCUAACACGUUGGAAGAGCACUCUAAGUUGUUCAACGGCCUCACUCAAGAACUCGAUAAGCUUCAGAAUCUAGAUUUCAGUCUGAUGUUGAACGGCAGCACGGAGGCGGAGAAGUUCCUGGAUAAGGAGCUGCAGAUCAUGAAGGAAAAGAUGGAAUAUCUGACCCAAAAGGUUGAAGAAGCCACAGAGAACAUGCUCACUCCGAACGAGCUGCAUGAUAUGGAGAAGUUUUUGGCGGAGAACAAGGACCUGCAGGUGAAACUGGAUUCCCAGUGGCAGAGCCUGAAGGAGAUCCAGGAACAACAGGGACAGCAGCUACAGCAACUUAAUACUAGAGUGGAAAAACUGGAGAAGAGAGCCUGUGAGCCAGACGACAGCAUCCCAUGGUAUAAAAAUCAUCUCUUUGAGGUUGCCAAAAAACUCAAAUGGUCUGAACCUUCCUUCUCCGAGACCCGUGAAGGUCUAGGUUUCCGGGGUCAGGUGAAGAUUAAUGAUCGGAUUUUCACUGGGGAAAAAGUGCACAGAUCAAAAGUGCAAGCCCACCAAGAAGCUGCAAAAAUAGCCUUAGAGGAUUCAGCCAUUGCGGCAGCCAUUGACAAAGUUAAUGGUGUGGACUCAGCAAGUGUUGCUCAAGCAGGCCUGUCUUUCUUCUGCAGCGUCACAGUGGAGCUUGACAUUAAAGUUUUCCCUGAUCAGAUUGGCUCUGAGACAGAGGAAGCUAUGGAGUCUGCCUAUAAGAAACUAGUCCCUCUGUUUGGACUGGAUCCCUCAGCAUCAGAUUCUAAGGAUGCGGUUCUGCUUUAUUGUCAAACCUAUAAGGUCUCACCUCCAGAGGAAAACAGUGGGCCAAAAGGUUUCCUCAGACUCAGGGGCAGCAUCACUUUUCAUGACCCAGAGGGCUCCAGUACGAAGAAGCAGACACAGCAGCAGGCAGCUAAAGCAGCCCUGCAGGGGCUGCAUGGGAUCCUACAGGAGAUAAACGUGUUCAGUGAGAACUACAUUGGAGCCCUUAAGGAAGCACUGGAGGCCUCAAACCUUGGUCAACCUUCCUAUGACUUCAGCCAGACUCCAAAACAAGGAGUAACCUGGGUAGGGAAGCAGAGCCCAGCAGAGCAGGGAGGCAGAAGAGUUGAAGCUGAAGAGGCCAGCCAGAGAAACGAGGAAGAGACAGAGCAGGGGCAGAGGGAUGAGAGAGCGCACGCUGCAAAUGAGUUACCAGUAACAUAUCAGGGGACAGGUGAUGCUGGUGGCUCCAACCAGUCAAACUACCUGUUACCUGCUGCCACACUGACCCAAGUCACGCCUGCUAAAACAAGGGAGAGAAACAUUUCAGGAGACAACAGACAGUUUUUAGGUUAUGUGGCGGUGACCAUACAAAAGGAUCUCGGACCCUCUGAGGCCUCCAGCCAGGAGGGGGCAGUACAAGAGGCCUACAGUAAACUACUCACUGACUUGUCUCUGGGUCCAGCAGCUACAGCAGCUGGGGAGAAGCAGUCAGUCGUGGAGUUUUUCACUCAGAAGGAGUCGCCUCUCCCUCUGGAAGACAUUGUCAAAACAAGUGAUGGGAUGUUCAGAUGCACCCUGACAGUCAAAGGUCCACUCACCUUCUGCAGCCCAGUGGGGACGUCCAGGAAACAGGAGGCAGAGCAGCUGGCAGCGAAGGAGGCUCUCAAGCAUCUGGAAGGGCUGCUGAGCACGGCUGGUGAGAACUACAAAGGCAGACUGCAGGAGCUGCUGGCCAAGGAUGGGAUUAAAAAAUCACCACAGUACCGAGCUAUAGAAAACCUUUCCUGCGUGGGAGCAGCAGACAGCAAGCAGUUUAUUGGGUGUGUGACGGUGACCGUACAAAAGGAUAUUGGCCCUUUUGAGGCCUCCAGCCAGGAGAGGGCAGUGCAGGCUGCCUACAGAAGACUAAUGACUGACUUGUCCCUUGGUUCAGCAGCUGCAGCAGGAGGAGAUAAGCAGACAGUCGUGGAGUUUUUCACUCAGAAGGAAUGUCCUCAUCCUCAGGAGGACAUUUUAACAACAAGUGAUGGGAGAUUCAGAUGCACCCUGAAAAUCAAAGGUGCACUCACCUUCCGCAGUCCAGUCGGGACGUCCAAGAAGAAGGAGGCAGAUCAGCUGGCAGCAAAGGAGGCGCUGAACCAUCUGGAAGGCCUGCUGAGUGUUUGUGGUGACAAGAACUACAAAGGCAUACUCCAGGAGCUGCUGGCCAAGCAUCAGACCGGAAGUAAACCAGAGUACUCGACCAAAGUUAUAGUUACAGGACCAUGGGAGCAAAUUGGAUAGAAGAUUGGUGGAGGAGCUUCAGAGGAGGAGGCUCAGCUCACUUGUUAAAGUCCCUAUGAAAUGACCUCGCAUGACCUCGACUUCCUCUAAAGCAGAGCAUCAUAACUGGUGACAUCAUCCUGCACCUGUGGGUGUCAGUUCAAAUUUCAGCCAAUAAAACCUCUGCAAAUCUUUAAACGCCCUCUCUCAUCCUGUUGAGAUCCUGUUGGUUUGCACUUGUAAAUGACCCUUCCCUGCACCCUGUCCCGCCCAAACAUCCUGUUUCAACAGGAAAUACAUCAAAUCAAGAAAAUAAGAGUCCAUUUCGUGGGGUCUUUAACCAGUGAGAUGUGCUCCUCAUGAUUGCACAGCGUUCCAUGGUGUUAUGCACUUUGACCUUUAUGGAGUUUAUUUACACAAACAUCAUGAAAUACUCAAUAUGUGUCGAUUUUAACAUGAACAGAUUUUAGUUUUAAAACACACUGAUGCAGCUUUAGUUAUUGCCCUGUUUACAUGUUAAAAAUCAAAUGUGAGGCUCUUAGGGUUUCAUGCUCUUGCAUCUUGUGUGAGUCAAUACUGUAAAAUAUAAUUUAAAGUGGACUCACCCAAUGAUCUUGUAACCUUGAAGUACAUUUUAUUGUGUCUGUUGUACAAUUGUACAAUUAAAGCAUUUUAGAUUGUUGGAGGAGAAAGAGUUCCCCGGAUCAACAAUACUCCCUCCAUGAUUGCUUAGCUGCCACCAACGAUUGCAUGUCCCUUAAUUUGCUCCACCUUAACCCUGAAAAAACAGAAGGUGUUUUAAUUGGUCCUGAUAACCUGGCCACCUCAGUUGAUCAGUUUAUUUGACAGCUUCGCUCUAAUAUCAAGCCUAACGCUAAGAAUCUUGAUUUCAUCUGUGAUUAAACUCCAUGAUACGAAGCUCAGCCAGUCCUAUUUUCUUCAGCUGAGAAACUCUGCAAAAAUCAGAAACCUGUUGUCUUUUAGGGCCCUUGAAUUUUCAACUCAUACUUUCAUUUUCUUGCAUCUCGAUUACUGUAAUUCCUUCUACGCAUGCCUCGGUCAAGCCACUUUAAAACAUUUAGUCGGUUCAGAAUGCAGCCAAAUUAUUAACUAGGACAAGCAGACUCGUCUUUACAGGCAAGCCUUUCCAUAGACGUAGGAUCUUUAUGUCUUUCCUGUUUGUGCUCUUUUUUACAUAUAUUUUUUUAUGUAUUUGUUUUUCUACUUGGCUUUCCAUGGGUUUAUGCACUUUGUAACUGUUACUGUAAGCACAGUAUAACUAAUCCUUUAUUACUUACUGUUCACAGAUGUUGUAAUUUGGAUUAUUCAGAUCACUAGCAGGCCUUGCUGUUCUUACACUGCUUCCCCAUCUUCAUCCUGCUCAAUUAUGAAAUAUAAUAUCAUAAAGAUGAUAAAAAAAAAUUUAGAAAACACUUAUGUUUAUCACACGUCCUGUGUUUGCCAACCAAAAAGAUACCGCCAAGUAGACAUUUUGGUGGACUCCAAAAAUCCUCUUGGGAGCGAAAUAAUAUCCCCAGCAAAUAAUACUCUUGACACUUUCUCUUUGCUUUUUACAUUUUUCUGUUUAGCUUAUAGUGUUUGAGUCAAGUGUGGUCAACUUUCACUUUGUCAGCAAGCAAUUCUGAAAAGGUAAAUGGAUAGUAAGAGUGUUGAAUGUAUUUGUGCCAUAACAUCUUUCUCUUUGACUGUGGGAGCCAAAUAUGUUGUUGUAUUUACUGGAAUGUAAUUGUACUUUGCUGGAUGUACAUUGGGUGACUCUGUGGUAAUAUCUGGGGCUCAGAACUGUUAAUCCUUGAUGCUGUUGACAUUUUAAACAUUAUAGACAGUGACUGUUACCUGUUUUUGCUCAAUGCAACAAAGUUAGAAACAUCUUGCUCAUCCAACUGUAUAAUGUUGUAUUAAUGAUAUGCACUCCCACAACGCUGAUGAGAUGACAGGGCUCCAGUGUCUACCAGAAGGUUAUCCGCCCAGACUUUGACAGCCACAUCUGGGAAUUUGAAGCCCAGCAGCUCAAGAAAGUGCCUGUUGUCGUCAGGUGUUUCAACCCCAGAAGGGCUAAGGGGUUUUUUGACUGCUGUGAUGCUGAGAAGUUUGUUUUUCAUGCUGUAAGUUGUGUGUUUGGUCUAUGAUGAAAACUGGAGAAAGGGAAAAUAAAAGGUUCUUUUUUCUGCAACAGAAAAACAGCCUGUCGAUUCUGUACCGAACGCAACGCACAGCAAAGAGCAUGUGUUAACACCAAGCUAAAGCAACGCGUGUCAGCCAGGUCACUUCUGAGUCCGACAUCUCAGUGCCUUAAAGUCACAGAUCGAGCUCCUGCAUUGACUCCUUUACUAAACUUGAGUUUUGUGUGUCUACCUAUCACCUCAUGCUUUUGUAUUCUCCUCUGUAUGAAUUCAUGAAAAUUUCAUGAUUUCAUGUCAUACCAAAUAAAAGCCACUGAAACCCGA